AUGCGUUUCAUUGCUACCAUCCUCUCCCUCUUUGUCCUCGCCAACCUCGGCCUGGCUGCCCCUGUGGCUGGAGGCGAAGUUGCAGCUAGAGAGGAGAACACUGGUGCUGAGGAUUACUGCUAUAUCAAGAGAGACGACGGCUCCACCAAGAUUGUUGUCUGUUGA